CACCAAACUUCAACAUUCCAAAAUCACAUCUUCAAUGUUUUGGAGAAUCGGUGUAUUGUUCGGGUGAAGACAUGUUAGGAAAAUGUAAUGCUGGUGGAAGUGCUUUGGAGCGAUUAGGUGCUGUUGUUGGUUGGAGCAUUUCCACUACUCGUCCUCUCAUUUUUGGUGCUUUCCCUUACAACCCUAUUCUUGGUGAGACUCAUCAUGUUUCUAGGGGUACCCUCAAUGUCCUACUCGAACAAGUUUCACAUCACCCACCUGUAGCUGCUCUUCAUGCUACUGAUGAGACACAUAACAUAGAAAUGAUAUGGUGUCAUUACCUUUCUCCUAAAUACCGUGGUACGAGUGUGGAAACAGAGAUGUGUGGGAAGCGGGAGCUAAAGCUAUUGAAUCAUGGAGAAACUUAUGUAAUGAACUGUCCAAGUUUAGUGUUCAAAUUCAUUCCAACAAAGGCCUUUGAAUGGAGUGGGAAAGUGAAGAUCCAAUGCAUAGAAACUGCACUCACUGCUGAAAUCUCUUACAAAGGCCUUAGCUUUUUAGGUCGCAAAUCAAAUAGUAGAGCCGUCAAUGGCAGCAUUUUUGCUCAAUCUUUCUCUAUCAAAAACUUAUGUCAUAUUGAUGGCCAAUGGGAUAGAAGUGUAACAAUGAAGUACCACAAUGGGAAUGCCAAGGUUAUAUAUGAUGCAAAUGAAGUGAUUUCAAACUUAAAAACUCCUGUUGUUGUUGACCCAAAGGGUGUUAAAGCAACAGAAUCAGCGAAGGUAUGGGGAGAAGUAAGCCAAGGGAUCUUAAGCAAAGAUUGGAAAAAAGCAAAGAAAGCAAAAAUGGCAGUGGAAGAAAGGCAAAGGGAACUUGCAAAAGAAAGAGAGUCAAGAAAAGAGACUUGGGUUCCUAAACAUUUCAAGCUUUCUUACUCCAAAGAAAAUGGUUGGGAUUGCUCUCCUAUUCAAUCCACUGUCCCACCAGCCCCCAUUGUUGUCCCAAUUUAAUACCCUCUUGCUUUAGUAUAAAUUAAAAGUUCAUAUGAUGUUCUAUAUAUAUACCUAUUCCACACAUAUGGUAGGUGGAAAAAAUAAAGUUGAAGAAAUGAUAUAUAAUGGUAACUGAGCCCAGAGACAGUAGUAAAUCCCAAUUGUAAGAUAUGUGAGAAAACCCUAUGUUUGAUUUUUCUCUUUGAAUAAUGAAGCCUUGCUAGCUACUAUCUUUGGACUUGUAUGUAUAUAUAUGUGUGAUGGAGAUUGAGUUUCUUUCUUUCAACAGAAGAAACCAUAAAAUGUAUGUUGAAAAAAUAAAAUUAUGCA